AUGGCUGGUCAAACCAACGGCGCGCAAAAAGGAGUCGUCCUUGUCACUGGCGCAACCUCCUUUGUUGGGACACAUGUCAUUAAGCUCUUCCUCCAAAAUGGAUACCAUGUCCGGGGCCAGGCACGAAGCGAAAGUUCAGCGAAGAAGAUCUACAAGGCCUUCCCAGAUGCUGGCGACUCACUUACCACAGUGAUUGUGCCGGAUAUCACCGCUGCGAAUGCAUUUGACGAGGCUGUCAAGGAUGUUGCUGGAGUAAUACACACUGCUUCGCCAUUUGUCUUUGACGUCAAAGACAACGAAAAGGACCUUCUCGACCCUGCUGUCAAGGGCACCACUCGUGUUCUCGAAGCUGUUGCUGCCCACGCACCCCAGGUCAAGCGUGUGGUCAUCACUUCAUCAUUCGCCUCCAUUAUCGAUCCCACGCAGGGCUACCGGCCAGGUUACACCUACACCGAGAAGGACUGGAACCCGGUGACUUACGAAGAGGCCAAGGCCGGCCCAGGCCCAAUCGCGUACUGCGGAUCAAAGAAGUUUGCCGAGAAGGCAGCAUGGGACUUUGUCGAGGAGAAGAAGCCCAACUUCACCGUCUCAACCGUGUGCCCGCCCAUGGUCUACGGGCCCGUCGAGCACGACACGGACAUCAAAAACCUCAACACCAGCAUCGCGGACAUCUACCGCUUCAUGGACGGCAGUCAGAAGGAGCCAGGCGCGACCUCGUUCCCCGCGUUUGCCGACGUGCGCGACGUGGGCGAGGCGCACUUCCGAGCAUACGAGCGGGCCGAGCCGGGGCGGUAUUUUAUCACGAGCGGGAACUUUGAGAACAUCGACGUGUGCAGGGUGCUGAGGGAGACGCUGCCCGACCGCAAGGACAAGAUCCCCGACCCGCAGCUCACGGGCCGGGCCGAGUUCUACAAGCUGGACAACUCCAAGACGGGCAAGGAGCUGGGCAUGAGCUUCACGCCUCUGGACCAGUGUAUCCGGGACACUGCCCUGAGCUUGGUUGCGCUGGAGCAGGGAAAGACAUGGAGAGAGGUCUCCAAGGCGUAA